GACGAUUUAGGCAUCAGAGUGACCUGCCAGGUCAAGAACUGCGAACAUAGAAAAGUAAGGAGGCAUGAGAAUAAGAGGAGUAGGAAAGGAGCCAGGAGAGAUUCAAGAAACGCAAACAAAGGCAGGAUAUGAAGGUAAGCUGAGAGCUGUAAAGAUUAGUUUAGACUGGAAAGUAUGUUUAUCUGCACCUGGAGUGUUUCUCUUUCAGAUCUUUUAUUCUGGCUCUCCAAAGUGAUCCUUGUAUCUGAUAACUGUAGGAGUGAGUCACUACAGGCGCUACAGGCAGUGUGUCAGAAAAGACAGAAACAAAUCCACUCAGGCAACAAGUGACAGGAGGAGUGCUGGGAAAUUUCACUCACGGGGAUCAACGUCAGGUAUCCAGUUGUCAAAGGACUUAUAACCUUCGACCACUCGUGAUGACGGCUCUUUCUGGCCGAUUGCAUCACCCCGUCCCCCCCUUCCAAUAUGAAAGGGAACACUGUCUUCUCAGAAGGUAAUUGUAUCCAACAAGGACAAGCUUUCCCCUCUAUUAUUGACCAAAAUGUCAAGCAAAUCUCCUUAGACACACAGGAUGAGGCAUAUUAUUGGAGGCUUUUACACAAUAAAAGGUAUAAUUAAAACAGUAAUUAAAAAUAAUGAAAAGACAGCAAGCUGUAACGUCUGAUUCCUAAAUCUGUAAGCAUAAACAGCUUGUGCACAAAUGAGACUUUUUUUUCUCAAAACAACCAGUAUUUCUUUACUUUCUUUUUCUUCCCUCCCUUCUCUUCCUCCCUUCUCCACACCUCUCCUCUCAUCUCCUUUUCAAUUCCCUCCUUUCGUCCCCUCCAGAAUGUAUAAAUAUCUCUGAGCUGUCGGGGGAGAGCUCAGUGUUGCAGACCUGUUUAUAGAGGAGAGACAGAGGAGAGAGCAAGAGUGGGAGGAGAGGGGCAAGACUGCAGAAAUAGAGGAAAUACCUGAGGGAAGACUUAAAAAAACAAGAAGAAAGCCAUCAGUUGAAAUUAGGAGUUAGUAAAGGUUUAGAGGAUAAUUCCACAAUAAAUCCAAGAGUGGGCAAAAGAAAGAAAAAGUUUUUAGAGUUAACUGUGAGUUGUCUCAAACAUGUUCUUUCUACUCUCAUUCUGUUUAUGCGGUCUUCUGAUGCGAGGUGAGGCACAGGACAGAGCUACUCUGUGGAGGGGAAAUGACCGAGGUGGGCGAUGCCACUACACCUUUACCGUUCCUAGCCCUGUUGAGUCCAGCUGCCCACAAAUUGGAGGUCCGGAGGUGGAAGGACUGAAGGCCAGACUCAACCUGCUGGAGGUCCUGGUGUCCCAGCUGAGUGGAGGGGAUUCUCGGCUCCCAGGGGUUCAACAAGGGUCUGGAGCCAGAGCUCAGUCUGAGCUGCAGGAGGCACUGAACCGGGCCGUUGGAGAGAGGAACCUGCUGCAGAGUGAAAAGGAGCGCCUAGAGAGGGAACUGAAUGGACUUCAGCUUCGAAUGGAGGAGAUGAGGAGGGAGACAGAGAGGCUGAGGAACAAACCCUGUCCUCAACAGACACCCAUGGUCCCACCCAGCCCCACUCUGCAGGACAGGGUCUCAAAAAGACCUGGUAGUGGGUUGAAUCCGAUGUCUCACCUCAUGACCAGACCCAGCAGGCAGGGAGACAGCAGCAAUUUGAGAGAUUCAGCAUGGCAGUAUGGAGCUCCGGGCUUUCAGGAGCUGAAAGCUGCGGUGACAGAGGUACCCGCUCCAGGUGGCAAUGAGGACAACACAGGAUGUGGGGAGCUUCUUUCAGUUGGUGAGCCAGUAACUCACAGGAAAGCUGAUAAUAUAGCGGGUAAAUAUGGUAUUUGGAUGCAAGACCCUGAGGCUGUUUCUCCUUAUGGACCCAGCAUGCUCUGGCGCAUUGAUGCCAUUGGCGCUGAGGUCAGGCAGAUGUUUGGGUAUGAGGACUUGGAGCAACUCUCUAAAGGCUUCCCAUCCAAGGUCCUGCUUCUGCCGGAGUUGUUAGAGAGCACUGGUGCCACUCUGUAUAGAGGCUCCCUGUAUUAUCAGAGACGCAACAGCCGCACUCUCAUCCGAUACGACCUGGCUUCUGAGAGCGUCGCAGCCCGCCGUGAACUUCCUCACGCUGGCUUCCACGGCCAGUUCCCAUACUCCUGGGGAGGCUACACCGACAUCGACUUGUCUGUGGACGAGAAUGGGCUGUGGGCCGUCUACUCCACCAAUAAGGCCAAGGGAGCAAUCGUUAUCUCACAGCUGGACCCAGAAAGCCUGGGGGUAAAGAAGAGCUGGGAAACCAACAUCAGGAAGAACUCUGUGGCCAACUCUUUCAUCAUCUGCGGCAAGCUGUACACCGUGGCUAGUUAUACAUCUCGUGAAACCACCAUCAACUAUAUGUACGACACCGAAACCAGCCAGGGGAAGAACCUGGCCAUCCCCUUCAAGAACAAGUACGGCUACAACAGCAUGAUCGACUACAGCCUGGCUCAGAGGAAGCUCUUUGGCUGGGACAACUUCCACAUAGUGUCCUAUGACGUCAGGCUUGGGCGCCAGCAGGCCAACUGAGGCCAGCACGAGAGUGACUGCUGAAAAGUGACAUUUGCUUGGCUGUUCCCGCUUCAAAGACUCACAGCUUUAGAGCAUGAGUGGCAGCAGUUGUUAGAAACCUAACACCUUCAGUAUCCAUGUGUAGAAGAGCCUAACUACCAAACUUAAAAGUGAGAUGAAAACAUCUGAGGAACAGUGUCCCAGGCAGGUCUGCUUUUUUCCUCCGAGGUGAGAGGAGCUUUGGCUGUGGUAUGGUCCACAAACAUGUUUUUAGAGGAAUUAUUUUUGUACCGCCUUUAAUCCAGAUGUAUAAUUUUGUUGUUUUCUUGUUAAGCUAUGUAUAUUUGAGGUUGAAAGAAAAGAACACAGAAUUUUUCUAUGUGGAAUUAAAAAAAUAUGACAAAAACUCCUGUGGUACUACAUACACCCUUUACAGUUGUUUCACCAGUCAACAUCUUUUAUCAAAUAAACUGCUCUCUUACUUACUGAAUAUUGCAUGUACUUGUACAAUGUAGUCAACAUAAUGAUGUAAUGUUCAAAAUCAUCAUGAAAUAAACCUGAAUUACAAAGUC